AGCCGCGAUCCAAAUCCGCUGGCUCAUUAAGAGGCGCUCUCUCUCCUCUCUUUCUUUUCCUCUGGCGGUUCUUUUCUAGGGUUUUGUUUUACGGUUCCCCAAGAAUCUCUUUCUUGGGGAGAAAGGAGAACGACGGAGGGGUGGGGGACGGAAGGGGAAGGCGGCGCCAUGGACUUCGAUGAGUACGACUACUUAGAGAAGGCGGUGGAGGAGCCCAAGAUGCACAAGGAGAAGGACCGUUCCGCAUCUCGGCGCCACGGCGAGCGAGACAAGGACCGCGGAGAGAACGGCGAGGGCAGGGCCUCCAAGAGAUCCAGAGCGGAGGAGCGGAACGGCGAGAAGCGCGACCGCGGGGACAGGGACCGGCCGGAGCGCCGUGAGAAGGACCACCAUCGUAGCGGCCGUGAAUCGGAGAAGGAGCGGGACAAGGAUAGGGAUCAUCGCAGCCGAGAGAGGGAGCAUAAGGACAAAGAUAAGGAGAGGGAGAGGGAUAGGGGAAGGGAAAGAGAGAAGGAAAGGGAAAGAGAACGCGACAAGGAGCGGGAGAGGGAGAGAAGAAGUAGUAGCAGAUCACGAAAGCAGGACAAGGAGGCAGAGAAGGAAAUGGAGAGAGCGAAGAGCAGAGAAAGGAGAGAACGAGAGCUUGAGAAAGAGAUAAGGGAAAGAGAAAGCAGGAGGUUUAAAGACAAAAAAGAUGCAGAGCCUGAAGCUGAUCCAGAAAGGGAUCAGAGGACUGUUUUUGCUUAUCAGAUGCCUUUGAAAGCUACUGAAAGAGACAUUUAUGAAUUCUUCUCGCAAGUAGGAAAGGUGAGGGAUGUUCGGUUGAUUAUGGAUCGGAACUCAAGAAGGUCGAAAGGAGUCGGUUAUAUUGAGUUUUAUGAUGUGAUGUCGGUACCGCUGGCUAUUGCACUGUCUGGGCAACUUCUACUUGGUCAACCUGUCAUGGUCAAACCUUCUGAAGCUGAAAAGAAUCUUGUUCAGUCAACUGCUUCAACUACUGGUAUUGCAGGCGCUGCUGAAAGAAAGAUUUACGUUGGAAACCUGCAUUAUAACAUUACAGAAGAGCAACUUCGUCAGAUCUUUGAACCUUUUGGCGCUGUGGAGCUUGUGCAAUUACCGCUAGAUGAAUCAGGACAUUGUAGAGGUUAUGGAUUUGUUCAAUUUGCGCAGCUUGAGCAUGCAAAGGCUGCCCAAAGUUUGAACGGGAAGUUGGAUAUUGCUGGUCGGAUUAUCAAGGUUUCAGCUGUCACAGAUCAUGUUGGAGUACAGGAUACUGGGACAAAUGCUGCUGACUUUGAUGAUGAGGAUGGUGGUGGUCUGUCAUUAAAUGCUCGUUCCAGAGCAAUCCUCAUGCAGAAACUGGAUCGCACUGGAGCAGCCUCGAGUAUUGCCGAGUCGCUAGGAGUACCUAUCAUCAAUGGGGCAGUUCCUAAUCAACAUGCCUUUGGCCUGCUUGCUAAUGGGCGAUCUAUGAGCCCUGCAGUUGUCUCAGCACAACAUACUCCAACUUCUGUGGUGGAGCCAAGCGAGUGCUUAUUGUUAAAGAACAUGUUUGAUCCAAGCACCGAGACGGAACCUGAUUUUGAUUUGGAAAUUAAAGAAGACGUCCAAGAAGAAUGUUCCAAAUUUGGCCCUGUGAAGCAUAUACAUGUGGAGAAGAACAGCACUGGUUUUGUAUACCUACGAUUUGAAAGUGUGACAGCCGCUGUGAGUUGCCAGCGUGCUAUGCAAGGCAGAUGGUUUGCGGGAAGAUCGGUCUCAGCCACAUUCAUGCGGCCACAAGAAUAUGAAGCCAAAUUUUGAAACCCCCCCUCACCUGUCCGUCUGGUGGCUGAUGUGUACAAGUCAUUUGUUCUAGUGAAAAUGCGUGUGACCCGUGUGUAAGUCUCGAUGGUUGUGAAACAAAGCGCUUAGUUUUUCUUUCUCGUUGCUGGUGAAACUAAUGACAGGGAGUUUAGUUCCAUUAGCUUUUUUUCGUAGCAGCAAAAAGUUAAAGUAGCAUUCUCGGGCUUACAUGAUUUGAUUU